AUGGCCACAGAAACAAUCACAAUCGAACAAGACCGAGCGCACGCGCUUCGAGACGCAGAAAGAAAAGCGGCAGAAAUGUUCAAAGAAAUCGGCUCCAAACUCAUUCGCCCGGGCGUCAGCGAAAAGCAAAUCAGCGACGAAAUCCAUCAAAUGGGAAAAGAAAACUAUGGCGUGCGAACCCACUGGCACAAACGAUUGAUCCGAAGUGGACCCAAUACUCUAGCCCCAUUCGCCGAAAACCCACCUGACCGGAUCGUCGAAAAAGGUGACGUCCUGGUCAUAGAUCUCGGACCCGUCUUCGAAGCCUGGGAAGCAGAUUUCGGACGAACGUACAUCAUCGAGACCGAUGAUGCAGAGAAAAUCAAACUUCGGGAUGCACUGGAACCGAUGUGGUAUAAGAUCAAAGCGAAAUAUGAUCAGAAUCCUUCGAUGACUGGUGGGGAGCUUUUUGAGAUUGCCAAGGCUACGGCUGCUGGAGAUGGGUGGAAAUGGGGAGCGCAUUUGGCUGGACAUAUUGUGGGGGAUUUUCCGCAUGAGAGGAUUCCUAAUGAUAAGAUUACGAAUUAUAUUGUUGAGGGGAAUGAUCAGAAGAUGGAUGGGUUGGAUAAGAAGGGGCAUAAGAGGCAUUGGAUCUUGGAGGUGCAUUUGAGGCCGCAGCACGAGGAGUAUGGGGGGUUCUUUGAGCAGAUUUUGACUGUGAAUUGA